UUGAAGUACUACAAAGGGUCACAUACGACCGGAAAUAUAAAGAAGAGCCUCCAAGAACUCUCCUACUUACCACCUCGGAGUCAGAGGUCCGCGAACUCCUGGAAGGCCUGGCGAGUUGGCGCAUUGGUCCCGUCGGGCUGCAGAACUCAGCACUGUUUGUUUUCGGAGAGCGGCUGCGGAGGAGUUUGCUGCGGGACGUGUACGGGAUAGUAGAACCGACGUUCUAUGAUGAUCCAAGAACUACAACUUCUGCAGGUCGUCGUGGCGAUUUACUUUCAUCUGCCAGAAAUAGUGAUAGAGCAGACCAGCUCAGACGGGGAGAUCAUGAACACCCACCGCAUGAUGAGAACUUCUACACAUCAAAAGGAGCAAUCAAACCAGAAAAGGAUCUUCAAGAUGACCUGUUCACAGAGGCCGAACAGGACGAGCUGUUUCGGGAAUUUGUGUUACAGAGUGGGAAAACGACGAACAAUAACGACGCCGAGUCCACCUCGCAGAUCAUGUCGAACCAUGGUGAGGUGGAACACCGGCGUCCAGGAUUGUUCUCAUCUGGUAAAAACAAAAUCGGUGGACGGACACGGGAAGAAGUAGAUGUAGAUGACGAAUCUACCUCCAUACCAGGAUCGGAAGUAGAAGCUCGGGAACAACUACACGAGCAGCAACUUCAGCUCUCACUAGCUAUGCGACAUCAGGAAACAGCCCUCACAACUUUGCUUCAUUGGGUUCGCGCUUUGUCCCGCGAAGGCUCGAAGUGCAGUUUCGACCGGGCGGGUGGUGGUUCGCCUGGGGGAUUGCUAUCCUGUGCAAAAGUAUAGUCGUACUCGUAUUGCAAUCAUGCACUUACAAAUCUGUUUCUUAAGGUCAGUCCGCAUUACAAAUUUUGUUUCUCAUGCUGAGGAACUUUGUAAUGCAUGACCUAUACGAGUACGAUAUUACUUCUGCAAUGCAUACUUGCUGGUGAGCACCGAAGCAAACAGUGCUAGUGAAGGGGAGGAAACUACUUCUCUCCUUAUCCCACAAAAAAACUGUUUCAAUGUGAUGAUUUUGCAAGAUCUGCAUCACAAGUUGAAGUUUGUUACACCUGAUACUAAAAAUUUGUCAUGCGCACUUCCCAGGGGAAAACACGCUGAAAAAUCCAAUGCCUUGCAUGUGUAGCAAGACAAAUAGUUUUGUGUUCCAUUUUCUGCAUCACAGGUUCACAGUGAGACAGUUUUUUCUUGCGAUACUCCUACCGCAGAGACUAAUCCAGGUCUUGCUGAAGGACGUGAAGGAGGUUCUAGGAGCGGCGGGCGUAUAUCAACUGCAAAAAUGUCUGGUGGGUCUGGAAGGAUGCAACUUGUGAUGCUAUCUCGGGACACUAAAAAAAUCUGUGUUGCCUGACCAGCAAGAGCAGGAGUUCAGUUUGUGCUACGCGGAGAGGACAUUUCUCAUGCGGUAUGAGCAUCAGAAAGCCCUCGCAAAAUCUCUGAUGCUAGGGCAUGCAUCACAGACCUCAUGGGUCAUGCAAAGUCUGCAAGACGAAGUCCUGCAUUGUUCCAGACCCAGACAUUUUUGCAAUCCAUAGCGUAGGCGCAGAAGGAGGUGUACUAGCAGGUUUUCCUCUAACGAAGCCGAAAUCACUAUCGCCUUCGUUCAGAACUACCGACAUUACCGGGUUGGGGGGGCACGGAGCAGACAAUUUUUGGGAUUUUCUUCUCGCCGAGCGCUCGCAGUUGAUCCUUCUAGGCAACGCGUUUUCUUACCCGGUCUGGACGAAAUGCUUGACGAAAGUAGGGGACGAGGUGGGAAAAGUCACAGGAGCUUCUUCUUCACACGACGAUUCAGGAAUAGGACAGGACGAGGAGGACAUUCUACUUGACAGUGUCGGCAUCGCUAACCACGCUACCCGGCAUGAGGAAGAGCGGCAUGAGGAAGAUCAGCAAAUGAAUCCGUUGUUGUUCCUACCACGAGCUGCAUCGAGUAGUACCACAUCCACGCUGUUCCGCGACGUCUGCGAGCUAAUCGGGAAAAGACUGGAAAAGAAUUUCAGAAGCACUAGCUGUAGUGAUCAUCGUGAGAACCUCGACCUCCCGCACGAUUCCGCUUUGCAGUCACCACACAACUUUCAUGACGUUUCUCUCCACGAUGCGCUGACCGUGUUUCGGUUCGGCUGGACCCUGUUUCCGCAGAACUUGGGCUUGCUGGACUGUCUGUUGAAGAGGAUAGAGGAACAUGAGCACGACAAAGAGUUGGUGUGGCGGGGAAAUAAAUUACGAAAAAACGAAGGUGCAAGAGCAUCUGCGACGCAUCCUGAACCGCAUCCCGCGACGGAAGAUGGAAGCCGGACCAACGCAGCUGCCAGUAUCAGCGGAGAGGAGGAACAGUGUUCCUUUGCAUCAUCGUACGAAGUAGAAGAUCUUGCCAAUGCCAUCGACACCAGGAUUGCCGUGUCGGCGAGUCGGUGGCUGCUGAAUCUGGAUUUUGGCGAAAGAGAAGAACAUGAAGCGGAAGACAGGUACUGCGACGAGCACCAGAUGGACAGAGACCACGGUGGAAGCUAUUACAAUGAAAAAUGCCCCCACCCCCGAACUUGAAAGCAUUUGUAUUGCAAAUCUUUCCAAAUGAAACAUUCGCCCUCUUGCGUGUAUCAGCAUCACAGAUUUCCGAUCGUGAAUAGCAAAAAUUUGUAUUGCAAAAGAUCCCAGCAAGAGCGGUGCUUGUCAUGCAAGCGAUGCGAAACACGACUAGAAUCUGCAUCAGAAAGAUUCGUACUCCUUUCAUGCAUGACAAAAAGCUUUCAUUUGGAAACUUCGCAUCACAGAUUCUUGUAAUUUCAGGGGUGGGGGGCAUUUUUCACUGUGAUAGAAGCGCGGAAAAGGUUGAUCGUGGUAGCGCACCGGCUGGUCAACAUGCUGGAGUGCUGAAUACUGAGAAAGAGGAACAUGAGCGAGGCACACGACCGAAUCAGUCCUCUGAUGCGCCCCUGCAGCAGAAAGGUGAACUGCAACUGACGUCGCAAGAUCUUCGCGAACGUUUGUACCGCCUCGUGGCUGCGAGAUUUACAACUGCAUCAAACCACAAACGCAAUCUUCCAAAACAUCAAAAUUGGAGCUCUUCUACUUGCGGCACGGGCAUAAACGACAUUUUUGCUGAAGAGCAGACAAUGCUUUCAAAGGGCCACGCAGCUGCAGCACUCGAGGACGCAGUGAAUCAGGUAGAAACAAACGACCAUGUGGCCGAGUUGCAGCCCAAUUUUAGUGCUUUCCGGUCCUGCGCGGCUCCAUCGGAGACGAGGAGCCACCUCCCGACCGCCGAUGCACAAGCACCACACGCAGAGGAACUACUAGCAGCCAACAGCCAAGACAGGAAAGGCGACGAGUUGGAUGUUUUUCAGCACCAUUGGACGAGUUUUGACAAUGAUCAAGAUGAAGAACUAAAAAAAGCAGAAAUGGCAGCGGCGCACCGUGCUGUGGCUCUUCUUCCGGUGAUGCAAGCGGUUUUGGCGUCCUCGUCACGACCAACACCACGAGGUCGUCGUCCUUCUACUUCUUCAUCUCCAGAUCCAGAAGUACGAUCAAUAGAAAACACAAUGAAGCUGCAGGGGCCAGCACCUGGUGCAAGCCAGAAGAAACCCUGCUCAAGAUCAAGUUCUACUUCGACAUCCUCAAGCACGGCCAACUGCAUCAGCAACCGUUUGCAGAGAGCGAAUUUAAGACCCGAACAGUAUGAACUGCAAAAGUAUCGUACUCCUACUCGUAUAAAUGCAUUACAAAUUUCCCCAGCAUGAGAUAUAAAAUUUGCCAUGCGGAUUUACCUUAAGAAAAAAAUUUGUAAUGCAAGACGUGCAUUUAUACGAGUGCGAUACUUUUGCACAGGAUAAACAGAUCUGCGAAACAAUUCUGAAACCGGUUUUCGCUGCGGAAUUCUUGUGCUUUCUAGACGACAAGGACGAUCAUGCAGCCAGCGCUGCCGGUUCAGCUUCGAAAAUGAAUGGAACAACCGUGUCCCGCGGUGGUAAAUCGUCGACGGAAUUCUUCCUUUUCCUGCGGUGCGCCAUCCUGUUUAUGUCAUCGUCCACCUCCUCUCAUGGAAGUUCAUCUUAUCAGCACAAUGAUGAGCGUAUCAACCUUCCAACUUCUGCCAUGAGGCAGCUAGCAAGCGAGCUGAUCCGACGGAGGGCUAGGCCGAACAGUAUUCACGGGCUGUUCGCCUGGUUUCAAAAAGUGGUGGAGGCGGAGAAGGCGUAUGAAGGAAAAAUGCAGGAUCUACUUCACGUCGUAGCUCGGGAUGAACAAGCAGGUAGUACUUCGAAUGACGUACAACCAGCAGCUUGUUCAACUUCUGCCACGAGAACAAGUACGAUGACAUGGAGGAACAACAACAAGGAAGAAGGACACUCAGCCCCCGCAGUUGUCGACCUUUCCACCGCCACCAGAAAUCUAACGAGUCUGUGUCGCGUUUUGUUGGAGGAACUUGCGGCGUGGUCCUUUCCUGCGGAUCAUGCUAGUGGGGAUGGCAAGCUGAUGGAGGGAGAAGAAGAUGAAGAACCACAACCAGGCAUCAGUUGCACUGCUACCUCCACCGCAACUUUCUGCGCGACACAAGACGCUAUUGAGGACGGACUUUUCUGGUUGAAGUAUCACCACGACAAGAAACAUAAAGACUUCGAGUUUGGAGGUGUGUGAACGAAACGCAUACUUUUUUAGCCGAUUACAAUGAACCUUGGACAUUCAACAUGUCUACGUACUUAGUUGAUAAUGAAUCACACGUCCUGACAUACACAUUCAUUUUCAU